AUAGUUCCAACGGGUCUUCGAUUUAACCUCAAAGUUUAGUUGGAACACUACCCAAGACCAUUAACAUAAUAUAAUUUCAUUGCCGAACACCGACAAAAUGAACUCAAAAAUGGCUUCUCGCGGAGGGCAAUCGCGAAGAUUACAAGAAAAUGACUCCACAAUUGCUUUCGUCCAGGCUGAUGGUUUGGCUGUUAUGAAAAUAGUGAAGCAUUGCCAUGAGGAAACAGCGAGUAACAUGGAUAUAGCUCAAGGAGCUUUAUUGGGAUUAGUUGUUGAUAAUCGAUUGGAAAUAACCAACUGUUUUCCGUUUCCGAAACAUAGCGAUGAUUCCUUAGAUGAGGAAGAAUAUCAGUUAGCAAUGAUGCGCAGACUGAGACGUGUAAAUGUAGAUCACUUUCAUGUUGGAUGGUAUCAAAGUGCAGACGUUGGCAACUUUCUCAGUUUACCUCUACUGGAAUCGCAAUAUCACUAUCAAACGUCAAUUGAGGAGUCUGUUGUUUUAAUCUAUGACUCGCAGAAGUCGUCUCGUGGAUUUCUAACGCUCAAAGCUUACCGACUCACACCGCAAGCGAUAGAAAUGUACAAGGAGGGCGAAUUUACUCCUGAAACCUUACUCAAGCUAAAAGUUGGUUUUGAAAAUUUGUUUGUCGAAGUUCCCUUUGUCAUAAAGAAUUCAGCUUUAACCAACAUAAUGAUGUCCGAGCUAUCCGAGUUGGUACCGGAGGAAAGAGGUUCGAAGUUCUUAGAUUUAGGCACGGCUUCAGUAUUAGAAGGUCAGUUGAGGUGUUUGAUGGAUCGUGUCGACGAACUUAAUCAAGAGGCAAUUAAGUUUAAUAGAUAUCAACAGUUGGUGAGUAGGCAACAGCAAGAGAAGCAUCGCUGGAUGUUGAAGCGUUCACAAGAAAACGCUUCAAGAGCUGCCAAGGAUGAGCCACCGUUACCUGAGGAAGAUGUUAAUAAACUGUUCCGUCCUCAGCCAGUACCACCAAGAUUAAAUCCGAUGAUUAUUGCGGGACAAAUUAACACAUACAGCCAGCAUAUAUCUCAGUUUUGCUCGCAAUCAUUGGCAAAGUUGUAUAUUACCCAAGCUCUGCAGAAUGCCAAGGAGUCUAAGAGUAAUAUUUAAUGUCAUAAUAAAUAGAUAAAGUAAAAUGUGAAACAUCCUUUGUACUUUAAUUAAACUCAUUAUUAAAUCA